CCAACUAGACCCAAAGCGUCUCAAGCUCAAGCAUGUACUUUUCUAGUUAAAGACCAGCAUCUUGGGGCUAACGUGGAAUCCACUCAAGGACCUAUUGGUUUAGGUAAAUAUCGAAGUCAUUUUGGAGGAUAAACUACGCGUUCUUGGGAUCUGUGUGCUCCCUGGUUAGAACCUCUAAGGGGUCCCAAUGGUUUGGACUUGAGUAGGCCGAAAAAAGACAGAAGUUAUGAGUAGAGAGAAUAUGAACUAUUACGAUCAAAACAACUGGCCUAUCCAUAUCCCAAAUCGAAACGAAGAUACAUUCAUUCGAUGUGGGUACUAUGGAGGCCAUGCUGACUUCUGACCGUUGGAGUUAUGUGGGGACGGUGCAGUUGCGGAAUAACCUAAGCCCUUCGAACUUGCUCUCUCUUUCAGGCAACUUUUCCUUCCUUGAGUGAGAGAGUGACCCUUGUUUAUAAUCAGGAUUUUAUGUUUUCGUGUGCUUGCCGCCUUGGACUUGUAGGCUGUAGGAUCGAGUAGGAAAUUAGAGAUGUUUUAAUAAGUAACAUGGUGGAUGCAGGAUGCGUGAUUGACCCGCUCUGUUAUUCUAAUUCCAACAUCUCUUUUUUCCUCAAAUUCAGCUUGUUUCCUGCACACUUUCAACUCUGGAUGAUAGGCCCAUGCCCAUUCUUUCUAGAAAUUAGCUUCCUCAAAUAUGAAUGGGCUAAUUGCUGAUUGGGUCAAUUAAGGGCAAAUCGAUAUAGGCUUCUCAUGGUGUAACCGUGGAAGCAUCUACCUCACAGACAUGGCUGCGAGGGCGGGGAAGUCGCAGGAGAUGGAUCCCGGAAUAUGGUGCCACUUGCCGGUGGAGCUUCUGGAACAUGUGCUAUCUUUUCUCCCUCUCAAAAGCUUCUUCAAUCUCCUUUGUACCUGCAAACGCUUCAAAUCUUUAAUUUACUCUCCUUCAUUCCUGGCCAAGUAUUCUCCUUCUCCUUCUUCUUCUUCUUCUUCUUCUUCACCCGCUCUCUCAUCUUUUCUCUUACUUUCUCAUCCACAGUUCUACCGCCACCGACUCCCUCUCUAUGACUCAGCCAUUGGAAACUGGCGCAAUUUAUCUCUCACCUGCUCUAUUCUCUUACCCUACGCCGCCACCACCGCGAUCACGCUGCUCUCCGCCGCCAAUGGACUCCUCUGCUUCUCUUUACCCAACUCAUCUUCUUUCCUGGUCUGCAAUCUCUUGGUAGGAUCCUCCAGAGUCCUCCAAUUCCCUGGAUACCCUUUUGCUUUUGAAAUGCUGACCUUGGUUCCUGCCCCGAAUGGGUACAAGAUCUUCAUGAUCGCUUCUGGGUCCUCUUCCAACAACGCUUGGGUGUAUGAUUCCGGGGUUCAUUCAUGGCGAGAAUUCCAGGGUUUCGAUCCGACUUUGAGCGACAAUUGUCAUCAAGGAGUUUACUGUAAUGGGGUUCUGUAUUUUUGUACGUCUGAGCCGUUUUCCAUAGCGUGUUUUGAUUUGGAGAGUGGGGUGUGGGACAGAUCGGUUGUGGAGUUGCCGGGGGAGCUGACGUUUGUGAAAUUAGUGAGCGAUGGAGAAGGGAAGCUGUAUUUGGUUGGUGGGAUUGGGAGGAAUGGGAUUUCCAAAAGUAUGAAAUUGUGGGAAUUGGAAGGAGAGAAUUGGGUGCUGGUGGAGAGUCUGCCGGAAUUCAUGUGCCAAAAAUUGGUUUCCGUGUGUUAUCACAAUUACGAGCAUGUGUAUUGCUUUUGGCACCAGGAGACGAUCUGCGUAUGCUGCUAUACUUGGCCCGAGAUUUUGUAUUACAAGGUCGCUAGGAGGACUUGGCAUUGGCUGCCUAAAUGCCCUUCAUUGCCUGACAAAUGGAGCUGUGGUUUCAGGUGGUUUUCUUUUGUUCCAGAAUUAUAUGCUCAAGUUUGAUUGCUUUUUUCCUUUUUAUUUUCUUUCUUCUUCAUCCCUCAACUUCUGUGUGGCCCCCCUCUCCACCCUUUUCUGGAACAAUGUCAUAUAACUUGUUGAAUGGAGUUUUGCCCAAACUCUUAGAUCCUAUUAGUAGGCUAUAGAGAUUUCUGUUUUCAUUGUUACUUAUGAUUCAAUGGUCAUUGAUAUUCUUGUUUUUUAAUUUUA